UGGGUUGGGGAGCUAGCUUCUCUCUCGUGUGACUGAAAAUUUUGACCAAUCCCACCCGCAUUUAUCUCAAUCAACACUAUAAAAAUGCAUUAUUUAACCCAAGAGAAAGGGAAAUGUGGUGAAAAUUUUAGACUUUAGCUCCCAUCCAACAUAAUAUAUUGCGCCUUCUUUUACAUUCUCACCAACCUUUGUGUGAAUCCCUCGACAAACUUUAAGAUGAGUGACGAAGCCAACCAUGAGGAGAAGCCCCACCAACAUCCACAACGUUCAGUCCCUCGUUUGAAUGAGAGGAUUCUUUCAUCUUUGUCUAGGCGAUCAGUUGCUGCACAUCCCUGGCAUGAUCUUGAGAUUGGACCUGAAGCUCCCCUGAUUUUUAACUGUGUUGUUGAGAUAACCAAGGGAAGUAAGGUCAAAUAUGAACUCGAUAAGAAAACAGGACUGAUAAAGGUUGAUCGAAUUUUGUAUUCGUCAGUUGUCUACCCUCAUAAUUAUGGUUUCAUUCCUCGCACAUUGUGUGAAGACAAUGAUCCACUGGAUGUUCUGAUCCUGAUGCAGGAGCCAGUUCUUCCUGGUUGUUUUCUGCGAGCCAAGGCCAUUGGAUUAAUGCCCAUGAUUGACCAGGGUGAGAAAGAUGAUAAGAUCAUUGCUGUCUGCGCUGAUGAUCCGGAAUACAAGCACUACAAUGACAUCAAGGAGCUUGCUCCUCACCGCCUUUCAGAGAUUCGCCGCUUCUUUGAAGACUACAAGAAAAAUGAGAACAAAGAGGUUGCAGUCAAUGACUUCUUACCCCAUAGUACUGCCACGGAAGCCAUCCAGUACUCAAUGGACCUUUAUGCUGAGUACAUUCUGCAUACUCUGAGGCGGUAGAAACACGCCGAUUUUGUCAAUUUUAAUAAGUCGUAUCCAACGAUGUGAAAAACUUUGAUGUCUUGUUUCAUUUUUGCAAUUUGAAUGGUGGGAACCCCUUGUUUAUCAGGCAUGGAAGAAAGAAUUAGCUGUGUAUCCUUCUUAAGUAAUAUGCGUAAGAUUGGAAAGUUGCUUUCUUCCCAAACCUUUUUAACAGUUGUAGAACCCCAACCCCCCAAUUCUCAUAUCAACUCAAUUUACCACCUUGUGAGUAUUAGUGAGCUGAAGUGAAUCAAUAAAGCUUAUCUUUUCUUUUC